CCACCGUUGUGCUGGAGAGUGUGUGCGAGAGUGCAAAGUGACACGAAUCACCGAGUCCGUGGCGAGAGAGCGAGAGAGAGAUCGAGAGAGUCCCAGGGGAAGCAGCGGACACUAUCAGUGUUUUGAUCUAGUUCAAGCUAAUCAGUGCUACGGGGCGCCCAAAGGCUAGCUGAUCGGUUUUAGAAGCACAUUUUGCACCGAUGCUUUUGCCAUAAAGCGAAUCAAAGUCGGCUUUGAUACGAUCUCGAUUUCCACAACGUACGGGACGGCUAACAGAAUAUUUGUCAAUAAAGUUAGCAGCGGCGCCGCUAAAUAGGGCAUCAUCUGCUCGACGAGUGUUCAAAAUUGCCUCCACGCGUAGGGCCUUCCGGUGUAACGGCGAUGCUGAACGGAAUCGGCGAUGCAUCGGGAGUCCACGUGCAGGGUAGGGUGGUAGCACUGAUUAGGUUCAUGCGAUGUGCAAUGAUUACGUGGGAGUAGAGGUAGAGGUCAUCCUCAUGAAGCACAUCCGCCAAGGGGUUUGUCAUUGAGGUCGGAUUUCCAGUUCUUAUUCCGACGCACCAACGCAGCACUAUUCCUGGUCCAAUCACUCAGAGGAAGCCGGGAUUUUGGGUCAACAGCUCUGACGACCUAAAUUUGAUAAGCAAGGCGUUUUUCGAGCGAGAUCUCUAUGUGGCCGUGGAUGGCGAUUGGCAUGUGCAUUACACUUGUUUUAAAGAAUACUGGACUCAAAGAGACCAUACGUCUUCUAGUUUGUUUUACUAAUUGAAAUACAAUAAAGGAAACGGAACGGAAUAGCCCUAAGCAACCAUUGCAAUCAUAGUAGCAGUCACUGUACAAAAGAUGCACGAAGCUGUCAUCGAUUGCAAGACACAGAAGAUGGGGCAACAAGUGUGUCUUUAGCAUUUAUCCUGUUAACUUGCUGCUCCAGGGAUCGGUGCCACAACCCAACCAUCAGCACCCACCAACUGGCGUCAUUUACCGCGCCAUCCUUCCGCCAUCGCUCCCCGCUAGUCGAACAGUUUUGCUUUCAAUGUCAAUGACGUUGCUGCGAUGGGUAAAAGCUGGCUACUGUUUUGCUCCCCCCGCCAAGCAGAAGAAGCUCCAACAGCAGACAUAUGGACAGCUGAUGAAGCCGAGUCUAUGACGAGUUUGCGAUUGUCGUGAGAGUGAAGACCAGUAUACGGCACGGCCGUUUGAUCGGUGUGUUGGUAUGUAUCUGAUCCUUGCUCUGCCAUAAGCGCCUGCCAGAACUGUGGCAGGACACUUUGGUUAUUCGCUACCAAGUGGCACCAGUGGCAGUUGUCCAUCCAUCCAGGAGCGAUACGAACGCAUCCGUCCAGCUGAUGGGGUCGUGGAAAAUUUAAAAAGUCUCCGGGAGAAGUUAACAAAAAAAUCAAAUUCGUUCAUUUCGCUUAGUGAGGUAGUGUGGUUGAGUGGCCUUGUGGUCGUGGAGUGUUAUCCGCUUUGUUAUCGCCCAAUGCUCGAUAAGCAAGUGUUCCGUGGUAAACGGCUGUGUGAAAAUUUUGUGGCAACAGAACCGGCGACCACCAUGCUGCCAACCGAACGGAUCACGGUGGCAACGGUGACCGUGGCACUCGUGGCACCGAUGGAAACCCUCGGUGACGCCGAUGGGCUACCUCCGAUGGCCACCGUCGGAAUGGUGUGUGUUUGUCUACCGGUUGGUUUCCAGGAAAAUCACAUAAAAGCUUUGCUUUGAUCAGUUUACUGUGUUCAUGAUGCUGUUUUACGUUUUUAAAAAAAGAUUUCCUUUUUACAGAAAUCGAGGGUUACUGUUCCCUGAAACAGCUACGGAUCUUAUGUCCUCAAGAAAAGCGCUCGAUUAGAAACAUAUGAAUCCUAUCUAGUAGCUCGAUAUGAUCGAAUCAAUCAAAUCAAUACCACAGGACGUUGCGAUGGUAUCAGCCGAAAGCAUAACAGUUGGCCAAAAUCUACCAAAAAGAAGGAAGCGUCAGCCUGUCGGCGGCAGUCCAGCAAGCAUAGCAACACCCGCAACGGGUAUUGAUCCCUGGAGCAGCCGGUUGAGGGACCGGGGGUCAGCAGCAGCGGUAUCAAAUCGAAUGAGAUCAAAUAUGGGUGGCUGCUGCCUGCAAUCAUGGAACUCGUCUGCCUCGCCGCCACUGGAAUGGGGCAAUGACGUUGAUAAUACAGAAAUACGCUUUUCUUCCAUGAGAAGAGAGAGUGAGAGAUAGAGAGCUGCGUAGCAAGAGGAAUACAUUCACGGACCGUGCGUGGUUUGCGUGCGGACGCGGAUCGGGCUUCCCUGCAUCUUCGUGGCCAACCUCUAUCUUUAUCCUUUCCGCUAUGGAACCUGCGCCUAGUGUGCAAACCCUCGCAUCAUUGCUCCAGACUUCUCUGCUUCUCAGGCGUCUGGUUGCCCUUUUGCUCUGUAGUCACUGAUGGACACUGAUGCCACCAUUUACUGAUUUGCCGUACUCGUCUAGCUUAAGGAGCGCGGCCCUAAUCUCUCGCUCCUCUCUCACUUGUUGAGCCAAGCCUCGCAUCAUCAUAACACAAUCACUGCCUUCUCCAGACAGUACCGAGUACGACUUUGGUCGUGUGCUUGGCUGGUUGCGAUUGGUAUUCCCUGUCCCGGGACGGGCGCAAGAUUGCGCGGACAUCUCGCUCUCUAGUCACUCUUCGCACGGCAGAUCGGUGACCAAUCGGUUCCAGUGAACAGUGUGUGCAGGAUCGUGUGAUCCUCGAGGCGGUAGUGUGUCGUCUACGGAUUCGUGUUCACGUGAGGAAGGAAAAGACCGCCCUUCAAGAUGGUGAAGAUACUGAUGCGUGCGGACACGCACGUGUCCUUUUCAGUGCCCGCCGAAGAACCAGUCGCCAAGUGCACCGUAUCCCAGGUGCUUGCCGCGCUAUCCGUGUCCCUCGGAUCGAUGGUCGUCGGAUUUUCGUCUGCCUACACCUCUCCCGCCCUGGUUUCCAUGCAGAAUCGCAACAUUACAGCGUUCGAGGUGACAAGUCAAUCGGGUUCUUGGGUUGGUGGUAUUAUGCCACUGGCCGGCUUGGCUGGCGGUAUUCUCGGUGGACCCAUGAUUGAGUACCUUGGCCGCAAAAACACUAUCCUGGCGACGGCGACACCCUUCAUCAUUUCGUGGCUACUGAUCGGAUGUGCUACGCACGUUUCCAUGGUGCUCGUAGGUCGCGCAAUGUCAGGACUGUGCGUUGGUAUUGCAUCGCUCUCGCUACCGGUGUAUCUCGGUGAAACGGUACAACCGGAAGUGCGCGGUACGUUGGGCCUGCUACCGACGGCGUUCGGUAACAUUGGCAUUCUGCUUUGCUUUGUGGCCGGUAACUAUCUAGACUGGUCGGGGUUGGCAUUCCUUGGGGCCGCCCUUCCCGUGCCAUUCCUACUGCUCAUGUUCCUGAUCCCGGAGACGCCCCGUUGGUAUGUGUCGCGCAAUCGCGAAGACCGUGCCCGGAAAGCGCUGCAGUGGUUGCGCGGUCGUAAAGCCGAUGUUGAGCCGGAGCUGAAGGGUAUCGCAAAGUCUCACCAGGAAGCGGAGCGACACGCAUCGAAGAGUGCCAUGCUUGAUCUGCUGAAGAAAUCCAACCUGAAGCCGCUGAUGAUCUCGCUCGGACUGAUGUUCUUCCAGCAGCUGUCCGGUAUCAAUGCCGUCAUCUUCUAUACCGUGACGAUCUUCAAGAGUGCCGGUUCGACGAUCGAUGAAAACAUUUGCACGAUCAUCGUCGGUUGCGUUAACUUUAUUGCGACUUUCAUCGCGACGGUGCUGAUCGAUCGGUUGGGUCGCAAGAUACUGCUGUACAUCUCAGACGUGGCCAUGAUCAUUACGCUGAUGACGCUCGGUACGUUCUUCUACAUGAAAAACAACGGUGACGAUGUGUCGAACAUUGGCUGGCUACCGUUGGCGGCGUUUGUCGUGUUUGUGCUCGGUUUCUCGCUCGGAUUCGGUCCGAUUCCAUGGUUAAUGAUGGGAGAGAUUCUGCCGGGCAAGAUUCGUGGUUCCGCUGCAUCCGUUGCGACCGCCUUCAACUGGAGCUGCACGUUUGUCGUGACGAAAACGUUCGCUGACAUUACCGAUGCCAUUGGUAAUCACGGUGCGUUCUGGAUGUUCGGUUCGGUGUGUAUCAUCGGUUUGCUGUUCGUCAUCCUGUACGUACCGGAGACGCAGGGCAAAUCACUCGAAGAUAUCGAGCGGAAAAUGAUGGGUCGCGUGCGGCGAAUGAGCUCGGUGGCCAACAUUAAGCCGCUGUCGUUCAACAUGUAAAAGGGAACAAGCAACAUUCGAAGCCAAAUUCGACCACCUGGCGCCAUCCGGGCCAUUAUUGCGAAGCAGUUCAAAUGGGAUGUGAUAUUCAAAGAAAGUGUCCAGACCAGCGGUGGUGCUCAGAUUGUUUUCUUCAAUGCGGCUACGGCCCUUUUAACCCCUCUCGUUCCCCUGCUCUCUGUCUACUCGACAAGAAAAGAUCGAUCAGAAGCAACUGAUCGGUUGACGGAAUUGGCAUAACGAUCGCGCUUGUUCAUAUUGUUCCUGCUAUCACAAGCUAUCCCCCCGGCACCCACUCACCGCACGAACGCGGUGCAGUAGUUAUCGUUUAAUGGUAUCACUCAGUGAUUAGUAUAGUGAAGAUUUAAUACAUGAUAGACAUUCUGCAGGAUGAUGCUGGAUAUUAUUUAAAAACAGAAAAACAGUGCAGCGAAGAGAAGAGAGCAGCUUCCAAAGGAUAGAGCAAAAAGAAAAAAAAACAUAUUUUCUUCGGGCGUCAGUGUUGCCACGGUAUCCGGCAUCGGCAUCUUAUCAUAGAUAAUGAGCAAGUGACGGCAAAGUUUUAACCUAGAUUAGGAAGGCGGUACAUUAAGGAUGCGUCUGUGUUUUUGGUGGUUUCUCAGAGGAAAAAGCGAGCUGCUAGUGGCACUGAGAACACAACAGGGUUCAGUAGAAGGACAACACAGGGCGACAUUUUUUUUUAAAUAUCCUUAUGAAAGUGUUUUAGUGGCCUACAUUAGAUUCUCUGCCUGUCUGCAUGUCUAGAGGGGCACUCCUAUAGUGGUUGUAAAUAGUAUACGAACGGAGUCAGGAUAUAUUCAAAACACUGAAAAGUGAAAUUGCACAAUGCACAAACCAUCCCGACUUCUGCUUGCUUGUGACUGAGAACUGUAUCGCUCUCUGGUGGUGUCACAAACAAUGUUUGUAAAAUUCAGACAUGUUCUGGUGCAGUCGGAAAUUAUGAGAUUGUUUUCAAGUGGAAUAAAAUAUAGAAAAAAGAUGGAAAACCAUGUAAA